GGAAGCCACAAACAAGUAUGUGGGAUAGAGGUGGGAUGGGGACAACAUGAUGUCACGAAGGGAGAGAUCAGGCUUAUGAUUUGUUACUGACUUAGAUACGCCCGUUUGGAUGUGAAAGACAAGCUUUGUCUCUUUCAGCCCAGCAAACACCUGCUCCUAAAGCUCACACGAUAAUCAUGGACUCCAACAAAGUGGUGGAAAACAUCUACCUUCUGGUCAUCGUCACUCUUGUCAGCGUGCUUCAGAAUGUUUUUUUCGCACAGAAGGUGGAGAGGGAAUGCAAGAACCAAAAUACCCGCACAUCAGCUUUUGAGCGAGUGUCUUGUGCCAAUCGCAACUGCAUGGAUGCUUACCCCACUUUCUUGGCAGUAAUGUGGUGUGCUGGUCUGUGCCUCAGUCAAGCUCCCGCUGCUUUCGCUGGGAUCAUCUAUCUUGUUGUCAGGCAGAAGUACUUUGUUGGAUACUUGGGACAAACCUCUCAAAGCACCCCAGGAUACCUGUUUGGAAAACGGGUCAUCACCUUCCUUUCCCUGAUGUGUGUCGUUGGCAUCGCCAACUACCUGCUGGUGCGCUUCUACGGCAGCGACUAUAAAGAAUAUGUGGAAACCAUCACUCAAGCUGCAACUGCUCUUCUGCUUAUCCCCUAAAUGAGUUUGUGUCUUUCCAUGUUAAUCCUUUAGCUCCUGGAUCUCUGUUGCAUUAAAACACUGUUUAAAAGAUUCAUUGCAUUUGUUGGAAAAAAUAAUAAAACCAUUUUCACAACCAAA